GUGAACGUCGUGUUUUAAGACUUGGUGAAUACGACAGACAUCGGCAAGCAAUGGCAUUCCCUUCCAUGUUCCCCAUCCUCCUCGUCCUCUCCCUGGUGGGCCACAGCUCUGCGGAGGAUGAGGCUCCUCCUCGAGGCUGUGGCUCCCUCCUGAAGAGGCCCUUCACUGCGCUGUGCGACCUGGACGCAGUGUGGGGCGUGGCGGUGACAGUGGCGGCAGGCGUGGCGGUCCUGGCCUCACUUGUCCUGGCCCUGGUGCUGCUGUGCCGCUUGCGGCGCAUCACAGAGCCUGAGGCACGCAGUGGGGUGGCACCGCUGCUCCUGCUCCUCGCCACCAUCUGCAUGCUCUCUGCUCUCAGCUUUACGCACAUCAUUGAGAGUCAGGAGGAUGUUUGCAUCGCUCGGCACGUGCUCUGGGCGGUGCUGUGUGCCCUGAGCGUUGCUUACAAAGUAACCCAGGGUGUGCGACUGCUCCGGCACACCAGCUUCAGGGCCCUUGCGUCACUGGUGAUAGGCCUGGCUGUAGUACCAGUUAUAGCCAUGUUUGAGUGGAUUCUGGCAAUUGUGCAGCAUCCAGGCCAAGCAGUCUGCCAGUACCAGCCACUGCAUAUCACCUUGGCCUGCAUUUAUGGACUGGUCCUGCUGAUAGCACUGCCGAUUACCUUGGCCGGGGGCACGUCUCAGGGGCAGGUGCAGAUGCAGUGCAGGAUGUUGUGGCUGCUCUUCACCAGCUGCACCUCUGGUGUGCUGUGGGCCAUCUGGCUGGCCUACUAUUAUUAUUUGAAAAAGACACCUGGCCAGUCCUCCACUUGGGAGGACCAGUUGCGGGCUGAGGCGCUGGUGGUACAGGCCUGGCUGUUGCUUUUGCUCCACGCCGCCCCUGAAGCCCACGCCUGCCUGCGUCCACCUCCACGGGCCUCAGAUCCUGAAGACGUCGGCCCCGCACCAGCCUCGCCCCACCCGAGGGAGGCCGGUGUUGAACAUGUGCAAGUGUGGACCACUGGGCAAAUUGUGGAGAGCCAAGGCUCCGUGUUGCACAGCAACUCAGCUGGUUCUGGAAGUACAAGUGAUGGAAGUUUAGAACCAAGACCCAGCACUUCCUACCACAUAGAGAUGUACGAUGAAAACAUGGAGCCCAUGCCCUCCACCUCCACAGCCUGGCAGUUUUGGUGAACGUUGGCGUGGGGAGGGGGGAGGAGACCAGUUGUCUGUCUCCAGGACUUCAUGUAUCAGUACAAUCUAUGCAUGAAUAAAAU